AUGACGGGAAAAUUUAAACUCAUUGCCGUAGGUUUCGACUUCGGCGCGACGGACACAGAGCCGCUUGGCGCGUCGGUCGAUGUCAAAAGACCUCCUGACGAUGAAGUGGAUUCGCUCGGGGGCUCACGAGGCGGCAGGGGUCCAGGUGUGGUACUAGAAGCACCAGCUGACUCAUCGGCUGAUGCCCGAGCGGCCAGGGUUUGA